GGAAAAGGAGAGAGCUGAGAUCUAAAAAGUUGACCAGAAAAGUAGAGGAAAUCCGGAAGAAUGCCGGCGGUCGGGGCAUUGAGAUGGCCCGGAAGGUUCUAGAAACGCUAAGCAGUAACUGACCUUCACUCAAUUCACCCAUUUCUUCUUUCUUUCCAGUAACGGAAUGGCUACCGCCGCCGUACCCUUGUAUCCCAUUAUUCUACUCUUACUUCUCCUUUCGGAUGCAACUUCCACCAGGGAGCCGUUCGCUUGCGAUCCAACUGAUGCCGCGACGGUGAAUAUGCCGUUCUGCCGGAAGACUUUGCCGAUAACGGAGAGGGUCAAGGACCUGGUGGGAAGGUUGACUUUGGAGGAGAAGGUCAGGCUGCUCGUAAACAAUGCAACAGCGGUGCCACGGCUGGGAAUUAAAGAGUAUGAGUGGUGGUCGGAGGCUCUUCAUGGCGUCUCCAAUUCUGGGCCUGGAACAAAAUUCGGCGGGGACUUCCCUGGUGCCACUAUCUUCCCUCAAGUCAUCACCACCGCCGCUUCUUUCAAUUCCACAUUGUGGGAAGCAAUCGGACGGAUGUGCAAGUUGUAUCAGACGAAGCAAGAGCAAGGUACAAUGGAGGUGUGGCAGGGCUUACCUACUGGAGCCCAAAUGUUAACAUAUUCAGAGAUCCGAGGUGGGGGUGUGGGCAAGAGACGCCAGGAGAGGACCCAUUGGUGGCCGACAAAUAUGCUGCCAGCUAUGUUAGAGGGCUUCAGGGAAAUGAUGGUGAACACCUCAAGGUUGCAGCUUGCUGCAAGCAUUUUACUGCCUAUGACCUCGAAAACUGGAAUGGAGUUGAAAGUUUCAACUUCAAUGCUAAGGUAAGCAGACAGGACAUUGAGCACACAUUCAAUGUGCCAUU